AAACAAUAAUUUUUAUUCAGAAAAUGGUUUAAAAAACAAGAAUAGAAAAGUGAAGACAUGUAAGAAUAGGUACUCGCCCCUUAGGAACCAACCUAUAUGGCUUAGGUUUUAUUGUUAAAAUUGAUAUCCUAGGCCUCUGAGAAAGCCUUUUAAGCCUUCAUUUCUAAGGUAAUUCAUUUUAUGGGAGGGUCUGGUUUAAUUUGGUAAAACAUAAGAAAGGCAUUUUGGCCAAGAGCACUUGGUUUUGAAUCCUUGGAAGCCUAACGAUAAAUUGUAUAAUUGACACUUGAAUUAUGUGAAUAUUUGAAUGCUUAAAAAUAGAAGGAUAUCAUUCAACUUGAAAAAGACUUGAACAGACAAAAAUACAAUAAAAGAACUCAGGAUGCAAUAAGAAGUACAAUAAGAGGAUUUAUCAAUUAGUCUGUUUCAAAUUGUUAUAUAUAAGGGAUGGAUUCCAUUUCUUAUAUCCUCUUAGAAGCCUUUAAUUAUGAUUCCGAACUCAGUACAAUAUGUUUGAAUGAGAUCUACAAGAAAAGGAUUGUCAAUUUACCACCAGAAGAAGAGUAAGUGGAAAUUAGUGAGUAUUUCGGAUAAAAAUUAUAGGAAAAGAUCUUACUUUACAAUUGGACUCUCUAGUAUUUUGAUCCAGGAUUAAGCAAUCAUCUAAAGGAAACUGACUUCAAGUGUGAGACUCAUAUUGUCUCUUGGUUUAGUACUUUUUAUGCCAGAGAAUUCAACUUAGAGAAUGUAAUGAAAAUUUAUGAUUAUUUCUUAAUUUCUGAUGAAUCAUUCGAAAUCCUGUUAGCAUGUUAAAUUAUGUUGGAACUCAAAUCAACCUUUGAAAUUAAAGAUAGUGAAGGCAUGCUCAGUUGUCUCAAGAAUCUUUAGAAUAAUAUACAAUUGGAUAAUUGCUUGUAGAAUUCCCUCAAAUUUUCAACUUAAUUGCAUAAAACGUUUUUCAUUCUCACUCAUCAGGAUGAAGAGAUUUGCAAUUAAAUGAAGGAGGAAAACGAGUACUUAUAAGAAAGACCAUGGGAACAUCCAUUAACAUUUAAGUAAUUAUAAGAGCAAUAGACAUUUUCUAUUUCCAUUCAUGAUUUCCAAUAAUUGUUGAGGGAACAAAAAUAAUCCUUCAAUGUCUUAUCUUUGGAUAUGAGAAGUGCUAAGGAUUAUGAAUAGGCUUGCAUAACUGGUUCCUUGUUUGCAUACUAUGAUAAAAAAAAAAUAAAUAAUAUUCAAUUACUAAACUACUUCGAACUGAGAGGACUGGUUGAAGAACAAAGCAUUUAUUAUAUAGUUGUGAUAUGCGAUACUGAUAAGCAGAAUGUAAAAGAAAUUAUGGAUUAUUUACUUAAGUAACGAAUUAAACGUCUUGUACAUCUAAAAGGAGGAAUUUAGGCUGCUUUGCUUGAUGCUCAGGAUAUAAUAAAAGUUAAAUAGAAGGCAGUCUUACCUCCCUGGAUAAAAUCACAAAUCGAUGAAUUAAAGAAAAAAAACAUAUAAUGA